AUGCAGGUGAGACAAAAGGGUGAAUAAGAGGUGACUUGGCGCUUAAAGAAGCAAGGAUUCUGGUGCUUUGGAAUAUAACUUAUGUUGGGGCCAAAGUUCUCAAAUCUCUAGAAUAUUAUGGCUUUCACCAAUGUAGAGAUGGAUGAUGCCUUUGACUACUUGUUCAAGAUCAUUCUCAUUGGAGACUCAAAUGUGGGGAAGACAUGUGUGGUCCAUUGCUUCAAAUCAGGACAAUACCAUACAAAGCAGCAGAACACUAUUGGGGUUGACUUUACAGUGCGUUCCCUGGAAAUUGAUGGCAAAAAGGUGAAGAUACAAGUGUGGGAUACGGCAGGCCAAGAACGCUUCCGCACAAUAACUCAAAGUUAUUAUCGCAGUGCCCAUGGUGCUAUUCUUGCCUAUGAUAUAACCAGAAGAUCUACAUUUGAGUCUAUUCCUCAUUGGAUUUAUGAAAUUGAAAAAUUUGGUGCAGCAAACCUGGUAUUAAUGUUGAUUGGGAACAAAUCAGAUGAAUCAGAGAAACGGCAAGUCCUGUUUGAAGAUGCUUGCACAUUGGCAGAGAAACAUGGUCUUCUGGCUGUACUGGAGACAUCAGCCAAGGAGGCCCAAAAUAUUGAUGAGGUUUUUAUCUUGAUGGCUAAGGAACUGAUGGCUAGGAAUACCUUACAACUUCAUGGGGAGAAUGGAUCUUCACACAACAUUCAUCUGGACUCUAGGCCAGUGUUGGUUUCACAGACUGAGACAUCCAACUGCUCAUGUUGAUCAAAGGCUACAUAUUCCAAUGCUCUCUUCCAUUACAAGAAUUUCCAUGUAGUCUCACUGUAUCAUCCUGAUGCCAUGCCAUUGUUGCUGAAUGUCGUUCUUUGGAAAUAGAAGAUUUCUUGUUUCCAUUGGUCAGCAACAAGCUGUAUGGGCACAAACUAGCACUGGAUGAAGGACUUUUUUGGCAGACAUGAGCUGAUACAGAGAAGAUUGUCUGUGAAUACUUCUGAUAAGACAUUUGCUUCUAUCAGUCUCUGUCUGCUUUCACUGGUGGCUAUGAAAAAAAUGGUGGGUUUCUUGUACUGUAUAUAUUGUGUUUAGUUCAGGAAUGAUAGAAUUGUUGGUAGGAAUUGAAUCAAAUUAUUGCGGGUAAAUACUGAAUCUUUUUUUUUUAAAUAGCAGUCUAAACAAGUACAAAACAAGUUCUGCAGGGCUUUGCUACCUAUCUAAGAAAUGCCUCUGUCUAGUCAGUUUUCUAUCUCAGAUUACUAUAACAAUGUCUGUUUAAAUAGAUGUUUAACAGGGCAAUCUUGUUUAGUGUGUGUUUUAGCUUCCUUAACUGAUUGACUUUGUGCAAUCCACAGAUUACCGAUGAAUGAUUGUGGUGGUCAAGUGAUAUACCUAAAAGAUUUCAUGGAGAAUAUUCUGUAGUGAAAUGAAAUGUUGAUUUCAGUUAUGUCAUUGUUUUCCAGCCUGUGUAACAACUACUUAGAGAUGGUUCCACAAAACAAGGCUUAGAAUACAGAAAUAUACUGAAACUAAAAGCAUUAACGUAGUGCAUUUUUCAGUUACCAUAAAUAUGAUAAACUGUAUACUGUACUGUAGCUUUUUUAAAUAAUAGCAGUAGCUUUUAAUAUUUAAUCAUAAUUUAUUAGUAUGUUUUCAGUAAGUCAAUAUAGCAACAUUUCAAAAUUACUGGAAGGCAUUUGUCAAUGUACAGUUUUGCAAUAGCUUAGUGGUAAUUUUUUUACUACUUGAUUAUGGGAAGACUGAUCUCACUGCCCAUGGUAUUAAUAAUCAAAGAACUGAGUUCUCUUUUUUGGGGUCUUUGUGAUUCCUUUUACUUGCAUUCCCAAACAAGGCAUUUCUUAAGAAAUAAUUCUAAAUUUAUUUCUUAAAGUAGAGAGAGACUGUGAGUUUUCUAUUUUGAUUAAGUGCUUUUUGUGCUUGCCAACUUGAUAAAAAAGCAUUGAGGGAAGAAAUAAAAUAAUCACUAAAUCAGUUCUCCAGAUAUGCUAGGCAUUCUGGGACUUGUAGUCCCAACACAUCUGGAAGGUAUGGAUUUGGGGAAGGCCUGCCUCUGUACAGUUUUGAUGCUUUAAUCUUUGAUUUAAAGUCAAAUUUCUUUUCAUUAUACUCAGAUUUACAUUUUUAUAAUAUAAGAAAAUUUAGUAUGUAUUUAUUGACGUCUUAUUUCCUAUUAUCCAUGCCCAGGUUUGUUGCUGAAUUGCCCUGUUUUAAAGAGAAAGGUUGGUUCUCUAACUAGCAUUGAAUAACUAUAACUAUUACUGAUAUAUAUUUAAAAGCCUUUCCUUUUUACAUGAUUUUAAGGUAAAAUGAAGAUUCUAAUAAAUAAGGGACUUUUCCA